CAGGGUGAGGUUGUUGGGAGGUCUGGGCAGGGACAGGGGCUGUCCUGGACUCUCUGAAUUAGGCGUGACCUGAUAAAACGCUUCAUAUGGAAAGGAUGUACUGGAAUAACCGCAUCCUUUGCUUCGAUUCCAUGACCUUACAAGCUCGAAACGCCCCCAGGGCGGUGCGGGGGCACCUCAAAGGCGGGGCGGGCGGGCAGUUCCGGGGCGCUCCCGGGACGGUUCCCGGCGUCACUGCCGCUUCCUCGGCGGGCGAUUCGAAGGCGAUGUCGGAGGCCGCUGCCGGUCCCUCGUCGGGCAGGCGAGACACGAUGGAGCUGUGCCCGGAGCUGGAGAACUCCCUGUCGCUGCUGGAGCCGGGCGGCGGCCGGCCCGAGCAGCAGCAGCGAGAGCGGCGGGCGGGCGCGGCCUUCAUGCCCAUGGUGUUCAUGUGCUCCGGCUGCAGGCGGCCCGUGGGCGACACCUCCAGCUGGGUUGUCAAUGACGAGGAGAGCGGCUGCAUCCUGCUGCGCAGUGCGGCCGGCAGCGUCGCCGUGGACCCGGAGCGGAAGGUCUCCAAGCUCCCCGGCGAGAGUGGAUGCGUGGUAGAAACCUUAUUCUGCUCUGGCUGCUCAAGAACACUUGGCAGCAUCUACAGGUGCACCCCAAGGCAUCUUGACUACAAGAGAGAUUUGUUCUGUUUCAGUAUUGACUCUAUUGAAAGCUAUAUUCUAGGAAACCUGGAGAAGCAAGCUGAUCUUCACGAGGAACCGCUUACUCUUGAAAGUCGAGCAGUUUUGCAAGAGGUGCUGCAGAAGGUCGAUACAAUACUGAAUGCCCUGGAGACAAGACUGACCGUGAUUGAGUCCCGUGUGGCUACUCUGCACAGGCAGGUCUGAGAGGAAAUACAUCUUGAACUGUAGGAGAAUGGCAAAUGUAAAACUUGGCCCUGUAAUCCUCUGGGAUCUGCGGGAACAUUGCAAAAGCUGUGAGAGAGCUGAAAGCCAUGGGUGGCAUGUCCUGUGGGGGAGCAGUGCUGACUGAGACUGUGUCCUAGCCAAGGAAUUCCUCUUCUGUCCUUGAAGAUGAUACACCAGGGGUUUUCUUCUUAAUAAAGACUUCUGAUCAGUCAA